GAUGAUGAUGAUGAUGAUGAUGAUGAUGAUGAUGAUGAUGAUGAUUAUGAUGAUUACGAUGAUGAUGGUGAUCAUUCGAAUGAUGACGAUGAUGAUGAUGAUGAUGAUGUUGAUGAUGAGGAUGAGUAUGAUGAUGAUUCGGUUGAUGAUGAUGAUGAUGACGAUGAUGAUGAAGAUGAUGAUGAUGGUGAUGAUGAUGAUGAUAUGAUGAUGAUGAUGAAUCGGAUAUAUGAUAAUGGUGAUGAUGAUUAUGAUUCGGAUAUUGAUGAUGAUGAUGAUGAUGAUGAUGAUGAUGAUGAUGAUGAGGAUGAUGAUGAUUCGGAUGAUGAUGAUUCGGAUGAUGAUGAUGAUUCGUUUUGA